AGCACUUGAUUGAAUACAAGGUAUAAGAGAAACUAGAGCCUCCAUUCUGAUUCUUCUUAAGAAACUUGAACACUGAAGUCCUGAAAUUAUAAAUGAUUUGGUGAUGAGUUGAGCUUGCAAUGCAGGCAAUAAGAACUGUGGAAAAAGAAGUAACUUUUGUAAAGGAAAUACUUUUCACAGAAUCCUUCCUAACGAAACAAGAAUGCAUCAGAAACCCGGAGAGCAGGCGGCUCCGAGAGCAGCAGCCAUUGGAAGGAGCUGUCUGCAGCUCUCAGUGCUGUACUGAGCAUGUCCCAGCGGAGCCCAGUGCAAGCAGCACAUUAUGCAAAAAGGCAGCUCUAGCAGAUGGGAGAGAGGCACAGCAAGCAUUUGCUUCACUUGCAUCACCACCGCUUGAAAACAAACCUGGAUCGCUAGAGGGGAUCUCGCCAGCAGGCCGAAGGAAUGAAAUCCGGGAGGAUGGCUUGAUAGCCGAAGGUGUUGCACUGCGAAAAAUCAUGGGGAAUCAAGAUGGGAAGCUAAAGAAAAAUACAGGUGAUGUGCAGGAAGGAGGAGAAGAUACCUCUGGGCCCAAGGAUACGGAUGGCACAAAGAAGGCAUUGGGAGGCAGAAGGGGACUGGGGAAGCAUUCAAAAGGAAGUGAAUCCGGUAAGAAGAAGGGUAAGUCGGAAUCCAGGCCCUCUGUGUUUUCAAAUCUGAGGAUCAGAAAAAAUCUGUCUAAGGCUAAAGAUGGAAAUAGCAGUUCACGGGAGGAUGUUUUGGAAAGCCAGGCCUUGCAGCCAGGAGAGCUGGACAGUACUCAUUCAAUUAUAACCAAAACUCCAGAUAUAAGCAUCUCUGCAGAUGAAGGGGGUCUCUCGGACACAGAUGUUGAACAUUUUGAAAUCAGAAAUGAAACUGUUCCAGCUGCUGCAGAGACACAGGACGGACAAAGGACCAGCUCUGGCUCUGAUACGGAUAUAUACAGUUUCCAUUCAGCUGCAGAACAAGAGGAUUUGCUUUCUGAUAUCCAGCAAGCUAUUAGACUGCAGCAGCAGCAGCAGGGGGCAAUUAACAUUGGAACCGAGGACCUUGUCACAAAAACAAUGGGCCGACACAUGGCUAAUUCGCAAGCAGCCCCCUUAGAUUUUGAACGGUUUUUUUCAGUAGCUACCCCUGACAAAGAGAGGAGCCCAGACGCUGAGGGAGCUUUUCCAACGGUAUCUGAAAUUCCUGUCUCCUGUGCAACUGAACGUGAACCAAAAGAAGCAGUAAAUGGCACAGGCUCUCCUGGUAACGGCUUAAUUGAAACACAGGAACGUAAGCUAUUGAUUGAGGAACAGCGCGUUGCUGGAGUGGAUGCUGUCGCUAGUGAACUAGAAGAUGGUUUGAAUAGAACUGCGGUGGAAAACAGGUCUCAGACACAAAGCUUUACACAACCUUUUCCAACCUCAGUAGCAGACACUGAGGCUAAAAUUGCUGAAGUUCAGGCUGUUGAUUUUCAGGGCUCAGUAACAGAGGAUGGUAUUUCAGAUGCAGGCCACGAUCAUGCUGCCGAGACUCAGGAAGAGAAACACACUCUCUCAGCCAGUCAGGAGGAGGUGCGUAACGGUUUAUCCACGGAAAUGAAAAAUGGCAUUUUGUCCUCUGAAGAAACAACAGACAGUGAGAUGCUUGGUUCCCGAUGUUUUAAGCCCUAUCUAAUUAAUCCCUGUUACAUCAAAACCACAACUAGGCAACUGAGUUCUCCCAAUCAUUCACCUUCUCCCUCCCCAUCCCAGAGCCCACUUUCUACAAGGAGGCAGGAGUCUUUCCACAAAAAAGAAAAAGUCUCAGUCAAGAAGCAGAGGUCUGCUAGUUUGGCAGGUUUUUUCAGUCGUUCCGCAGACUGGACAGAAGAGGUGGCUAAUCACAAAUACAAGAUAACAGAGAAGGUGGGCUCUGCAGACUACUUGGAGCACAAGGGGUUUACAGAGAAAUUUCAAACAGAAAGAGUGCCUUUGACUCAUUCAAGGAAGUCCUCAGGGGUGCAAGCUUCUACAGAGACAUUCCCUAAUGUCUUUUCAGGACGAACGCUGCUGGAAAAGCUCUUCAGCCAGCAAGAAAAUGCACCACAAGAAGAAGCAGAAAAACUAUGCUCUCGCAUUAUUGCACUGGGUCUUUUGCUUCCAUUCACUGACUGCUUCAGGGAGCCAUGUAAUCAGAGCGCCCAGCAAAGCACGCCCACAUUUGAUCAAGACCAGCUUUAUACUUGGGCUGCAGUCAGCCAACCCACACAUUCAACAGAUUACAUUGAAGGAAGCUUUCCAAGGAGAAUUCCAUCUGCGUGGCCCCCACCCAAACCUCCAGAUGAAGAACAAAGACUCAAAGUUUCGGAAGAAGAGUUGAAAUCUACAGUCCUAGAAACAGAGAAGCAAUGCAUAGAUGAUGUUCAACGAGUACAGGCUGAUUUUGAGGUGAAAUCUGAGGAGCGUGCCAGUGUCAUCCAACAACUUGAGCAAACUAUUGAGGAUCUGAGGACAAAAAUUGCAGAACUAGAGAAACAGUUCCCUGCCGCAGAGGUACAGGCUGCUGGGAGGGAGCAGGAAAAUGAGCACAUACACGCAGGAGAACUCAGCAGUGUGACUCUUCAAAGGAAUGAAGAGGAGACCACACCCAGGACUGUGUCACAGGCGAGAUCUGUACAGACGUCGCCAACAGAGGAUUAUUUAGCACAUACAAUGCCUUCCAUCAGUGCACUGCCACAGCAGCCCCCCCCACCUCACUUAGAAGGGGGCAAAAGCGAAGGGUCAACUCAGAAAUUGCCAGCUCUCGAACUACAGCCCACAUUUUGUUCUGAAGUCUCCUUAAUUUUGUCACCGAAGCUAAUCUCAGUGCCACUGGAUGCAAGCCAAUCAGUACAGAGUACACUGCAGUCACCUCUUCCAGGACCCAAAGUUGAUUUGUCCCUUGGAUUUGAAGGAGAGAUUGAAACGUCAGUUUCCCACCAGCCUCUGAGUACUGUGGAUACAAAGAGUGAACAUCCCUCUUUGUCCCGAGAGCCCACAUGUAGCAUUCCCCCAUCACUGCCAGCAACAGAACAGGCUGCCUCCCUGACUAGAGUACAUGGGGCUUCCUUUGUCACUCCCAUGUCUGUGGCAGGAGUACCACCCCCACCACCUCUGCCCGGCUCAGGACUCCCUCCUUCUGCUGACUCAGCAGUGCCACAUCUGGACCACUCUUUGCCAGGUGUCAUGAUGGCGCACCCCCCUCCUCCUCCACAUGUACCAAGUGAGGAGAUAUCAAUGCCUCCAGCUUCUCCUCUCCCAUAUGCUGGAUUCCCAUCACCACCUCUACCACCACCUUUGCCUGGAGCAGGAGUCCCAUCUUCUCUGCCUGGUUGGGGUAUCCCGCCUCCCCCUCCACCACCGCCACCUUUACCUGGGGCUGGUGUCCCUCCUCCGCCUCCUCCUCUGCCUGGCCUGGGAAUGCCACCCCCAGCACCACCUCCGCCUGGAGCAGGACUGCCACCACCUCCCCCACUUCUGUCCGGAGCAGGCAUCGCUCCACCUCCUCCACCACUUCUGCCUGGUGCAGGCUUCCCCACUCCACCCCCUCCACCACCUCUGCCUGGUGCAGCUGUACCCCCUCCACCCCCUCCACCCCCCCUGCCUGGUGCAGCUGUACCCCCUCCACCACCCCUGCCUGGUGCAGCUGUACCUCCUCCACCCCCUCCACCACCCCUGCCUGGUGCAGCUGUACCCCCUCCACCACCUCUGCCUGGUGUAGGUGUACCCCCUCCACCACCUCUGCCUGGUGUAGGUGUACCCCCUCCACCACCUCUGCCUGGUGCAGCUGUACCCCCUCCACCACCUCUGCCUGGUGUAGGUGUACCCCCUCCACCACCUCUGCCUGGUGUAGGUGUACCCCCUCCACCACCCCUGCCUGGUGUAGGUGUACCCCCUCCACCACCUCUGCCUGGUGUAGGUGUACCCCCUCCACCACCUCUGCCUGGUGUAGGUGUACCCCCUCCACCACCUCUGCCUGGUGUAGGUGUACCCCCUCCACCACCUCUGCCUGGUGCUGGUGUCCCUCCACCACCCCCUCCAUUGCCUGGGUUAGGGGUGCCACCUCCGCCCCCACCAGCGUUGCCUGGAGUUGCACCACCCCUUCCAGCACCAGUUCAGGGCAGCACCUACCCAGCAGUCCCACAGGGCUGUGGGUUUCUUCCUCCUCCAUUACCAUCUGGUUUAUUUGCAAUGGGGAUGAAUCAGGAGAAAGGGAGCAGGAAACAUGUGAUAGAGCCUUCUCGGCCAAUGAAGCCUCUUUACUGGACAAGAAUUCAGCUCCACAGUAAAAGAGAUUCUAGUGCUUCACUUGUGUGGGAAAAAAUUGAAGAGCCUUCCAUAGAUUAUCAUGAAUUUGAAGAACUGUUUUCUAAAACAGCUGUUAAAGAGAGGAAGAAACCCAUUUCGGACACCAUUACAAAAACAAAGACUAAACAAGUUGUCAAGUUGUUAAGUAACAAAAGAUCUCAAGCUGUUGGAAUAUUAAUGUCUAGCCUUCAUUUAGACAUGAGGGACAUUCAGCAUGCUGUUGUGAACUUGGACAACUCUGUGGUUGACCUAGAGACCCUUCAAGCCCUGUAUGAGAAUAGAGCACAAUCAGAUGAAUUAGAAAAAAUAGAAAAGCAUAGCAAGGCAUCCAAGGAAAAAGAAAACGCGAAGUCUUUGGAUAAACCGGAACAGUUCCUGUAUGAGCUCUCACUAAUUCCCAACUUUUCAGAACGUGUAUUUUGCAUCCUGUUCCAAUCAACAUUUUCAGAAAGCAUUUGUUCAAUCCGUCGCAAACUUGAAUUGUUACAGAAACUGUGUGAGACAUUGAAAAAUGAGUCAGGAGUUAUGCGGGUCCUGGGUUUGGUUCUUGCCUUUGGAAAUUACAUGAAUGGUGGAAACAGAACACGAGGACAGGCUGAUGGAUUUGGUCUAGAUAUCCUGCCAAAACUGAAAGAUGUCAAGAGCAGUGACAACAGCAGAAGUCUUCUAUCUUACAUUGUCUCAUAUUAUUUACGUAACUUUGAUGAGGAUGCUGGAAAAGAACAAUGCAUCUUUCCUCUUCCGGACCCACAAGAUCUCUUCCAGGCUUCGCAAUUGAAGUUUGAUGAUUUUCAAAAAGAUCUCCGCAAAAUGAAGAAAGAUUUGCGAGCAUGUGAGACAGAAGCAGCAAAAGUUUAUCAGCUAUCACUAGAGGAGCACCUCCAGCCUUUCAAAGACAACAUGGAGCAAUUCAUUAGUCAAGCUAAAAUAGACCAAGAAAAUGAAGAGAAGUCACUAACAGAAGCACAUAAAAGCUUUUUGGAAACUACAGCCUAUUUCUGUAUGAAACCAAAAAUGGGAGAGAAAGAGGUGUCCCCACACUCUUUCUUCAGUAUUUGGCAUGAAUUCAGUUCUGACUUCAAAGACUUCUGGAAGAAGGAAAACAAACUUAUUCUUCAAGAAAGAGUUAAAGAAGCAGAGGAAGUCUGCAGGCAGAAAAAGGGGAAGUCACUAUACAACAUAAGACCAAAACAUGAUUCUGGAAUUAAAGCAAAGAUAAGUAUGAAAAUCUGAGAGAAGAAAAGCAAAAGCCAUGGUUACCUGGGUACCAAAACUCAACAUGCUUGUGGGUGGGGAGUGAGAGGGAAGGAAACUACAUCAUCCUGAUCAUUUGCUUUCUUGACCUUUUUAAAUUUGCUUUUUGUUCUCUAGAGUUUUCCACCAAUUGAUGUGUUAUUGUACAUUCAUUCACGAAUGUAAUCACUUUAAUGGAGUGCCCAGCAAUAGACUAGGUAUGGACUUGAAACACCUUCCCCUGUACUCUGUAUCUCCUUUGCCACUCAAAAAUGAUAUUUUGUAAAGUGUAUGGUAUAUUACAAAUAGGCCAAGUCAGCAUGCAUAAAAAGCAGCAUCUGCAUCAGUUCUGAACAUGCUGAAAAUUGCAUUAAGUUGAACUUCAUAAGAAUGCUACUUGGUACAGUAAAACAUUUCCAUUCCUACUGGCAACAUCUAACACGAAUACUUCAUGGCACUGCACUUAGAUUAGGGAAAGAAAUGUUACUCCUAGUGAACUGUUUGUAUCUGUUUCAUGUUGGCAUUUGUAGUUUGUAUUUUGAAUCGUUAAGUGCUGUUUAUACAGUAUAAUCAAUGCUUUCCCAACUUGUUUGGUUGCCCUCCAUGACUAAAUAUUUGUGGAACAAGAUGUUUACUGUAACUAUCUUUAAAAUCGAUAAGGCAGCAUACUUUUACUUCAUCUUUUGCCAGAUAGUGAAUGCCAGGUGGUAUGGGGGUCAGAAAUCCAGCAUUAAAAAAAAAAAGGAAAAAAGAGGUGAAAAACAGAAAAAUACAGAAAAGCACAGAAGUAUGAUAGAGAGUAUGAGAGAUUUGACUAUUAUAGUUUGUUAAUAUAUAAAGCAGCUAAUACUUUUACAUGAGCUUUAGAAGGUAUAGUAUAGUUUUAACUGCUGAUCACUUAAGUCAGACAGGCUUUUGGCCACAUGUACAUGACUUCCCUUCUGGAAUUAGCUUUACAGUUAAUUUAAAACUCCUUUAGUGAGCCAUUAAAAGAUGCACAUGGGGACAACAUUUAUGGAAAACAGUAGCCAAUUCUAGUGACUGAACACAGACUACCAACUAAUUGACAUCAAUUUCACACUUAAAAGAAUUGCAGACAUUUCCUCCAGGCUUUGUGUCCCUGACUAGGAGGUUAAUGAUUGAACUCUACGACUUAGGGCUUCCAUUUUAGACCAAGUGUUUAAUUCCUAUUUGCAAUCCAGAAUUCACUGUAUCAAUUUUGAUCUGCUCAACUGAUAACAACCCCUUCCUCCAGUCCUAAUUUAAGAGCCCCAAACCAAUCAGUCUGAUUGAUAAAGUUUUUCUUCCGAAGCGCCUUUUUCCUAAAAGUAGACUCUGCGUGCAACUCAAUUGGAUGCACAUGCUCACAGCUUUGGAGCCUGAAAGACACUGGGGUAAGGCAAAUGAGCUCUAACCUGCUGGGUUGCGUUAUUCCCUGUCUAAUCUAGCACGUCAAGAGACAUUCCUAGCUGUUCAGAGGCUAGUAUAUUCUACAGGGUGUCAUAAAAGGAAGUGCAAAAUAUGACCUCAGGAAUCUGUUAUUCUUCACAUAUACCAAGCACUAGAAAAGAUGGUUUUUUUCACUGUGUGAAAAGCAAGUCUCCUGUUGCUGACAAACCUAUGUGAAAUUCUGUACGACUUAUAAUUUCUGGCAGGGAUAUUAAUUACCAAGAACGGAGUUCUAAAAUUUUGUUUUGAUGGGAGUAACAUUACUAUUUGGGGAAGAGAAAAUAAGAGAUUAUUUGCUGUUACGACUAACUUAUGGAAAAAGAAACUUUAAAAAAUAAAGCUAUUUUAAUGGCACUGAUUCAAAUCCAUGUUUGUAUUUAUGUAAACAAUAGUCUAUUUCCUCCUAACUUUGCUCCUAAGUGCAAGGAUACAGUAGCAUGUUUUCAUUUGUAGCCUUCCUGUUCUCUUCAGUACCUACAGUAUGUAUAUUACUAUACUAAAUUAAAUAACAGAUCGUCUAACAAAGAUCACUAUGUGCAAUACUGUAUUUAGUGUUUCUAUUCCAAUUUUUUUAGAAUGUUAAUUUAUAUGAAAAUAAAAGGAAUAAUAAUGAAA